AUGGAAGGUAGAAGAGUGUCACUGUACAACUGUGUUCCAAGAUAUGCACAAGGCAGUGACAUUUUAGUGGUUCACAAUGACACUUCGUCUCUUCGCUAUCUCUCUUCACUGCUUCGCCAAUGCUCUUUCACAGUUACUGCUACAAAUCAAGCAUCAGCAGCUAUUGACAUGGUUUUCCAACAAGAAGGAAGGUUCAAACUUGUGAUGGCCAAAGCUAAAAUGCCUGACAUGAGCACCAUUUAUUUCCUCAAAACUCUGCUUCUGAAGCAUAUCACUGUCAUUUUUAUUUCCUCUGGACAAGAUGAUGGUGGAGCAAAGGAAGCUUUUGAUAAAGGAUCAUGUUAUCUCCUACGGGAACCAAUCCAAACAGAGGAUCUCAUAUCUGUGUGGCAACAAGUCUAUAACACUAAUAACAGCGUAGCACAAGAGAUUCACACUGCAAAAUCUAAACAAAAGGCGUAUUAUGAAACAAGUGAAAUGCAAGACAGAAAUCAUGAUGAUAUCAGAGUCAAGAAAAAAGGGAAGAGAGCACUUAAUUCACACCAGGUGAAAUUAGGCAACAAUAAUCAUGCUGCAGAGGAGGAAGAGGAAGCAAGAGAACAUAACAACAAUCAAUUCCCUCAGAAAAAGCCACGCAUUUCUUGGACUUCGGAUCUGCAUCAUAAGUUUGUACAGGCCAUAAGUGUUCUGUGGGAGAAGGAGAACAAUAUUCGUCCAAAAUUGAUCCAGGAGAUGAUGAAUGUUCCUUACCUGACAUGUCGCCAUAUUGCUAGCCAUCUACAGAAAUUCAAAUCUCAAGUAAGGGGUCUUCAGGAUAAGUGUAAUAAUUAUUCACCUCCUGCGAGUAAGUUAUCAAACUUCAGGGAUGGAACCGAGUCAUCCUCGGCAUUUCAUAGCCAGUAUUACCCAGGUCACCUCACAUUAGCUGCUUUCCGAAAUGAGAACCAAAAUCAAAACCAGCUUCUAGUGAACUUUUCUGAAACUGAAGGCCUGGAAAAUUUCCAGGAGCAGGAAAACGCAGCCUGUGCAAACUUUUCAUUCCAACAUCCAUCAGAAUUGGUCAAUUAUGGAAACCAAGAUCUAGAAGCCGUAGUGAGAGGAGCUGUGCCAGCUGCUUUAAUGAAUAAAAAUCAAUAUGAUUGCUUUGCAAAUGGAUCCAAUGGAGAUUAA